UGACGAGGACUGCCCAGCCAUGUUGAGGAGUCUGUCAAGCAAAUUGCAGCCCGCCAUUGUGUAGAAACCAGGCUCUGUAAAGAGAUAAGAGCGCUUGGUUGAAACUCCUUAAUAGAUAGACUCUCUGCCGCUUUUAUUUAGGAGUAAAUACAGUUACCUUGUCUCCGGGGGGGGAAAGACAUGUCAGCCAGCAGCCUUCUUGAACAGAGACCGAAAGGCCAAGCUAAUAAAGUGCAAAACGGACCUGUGACCCAAAAGGAUACUUUGAAUGACGACGAGUUUGAGCCUUACCUGAAUUCUCAGGCUAGACAGAGCAAUGCCUAUACGGCCAUGUCGGAUUCCUACAUGCCCAGCUACUACAGCCCCUCCAUAGGAUUCUCCUACUCCCUGAAUGAGGCGGCGUGGUCCACAGGUGGGGACCCUCCUAUGCCUUACUUGGCCUCAUAUGGACAGUUGAGCAAUGGGGAACCCCACUACCUCCCGGACGCCAUGUUUGGCCAGCCAGGCCCCCUGGGGAGUAACCCAUUCCUCAGCCAGCAUGGCUUUAACUUUUUCCCCAGUGGCAUCGACUUCUCAGCUUGGGGCAACAGCAGCUCUCAGGGACAGUCUGGGAGCUCUGGCUACAGCAGCAGUUAUGCCUAUCCACCCAGCUCACUUGGGGGUGCCAUGAUUGAUGGACAGUCCCCAUUUGCACCUGCUGCCAAUGAACCCAUCAACAAAGCACCUGGUAUGAACAGCCUUGACCAGGGUAUGGCAGGGCUUAAGAUUGGCGGGGCUACCCCUGGCGGGAAUGGGGAAAUGGCUCCUAAAGUGGUUGGUUCUGGCUUACCUGGGGGUGGACCCCUUGGCCCCGUAUCAUCUGUUGGACCUACCAGCAUGCCUCCUGUGUCAAUUGCCCCCGUCAAGCCUGCCUCCUGGGCUGAUAUUGCCAGCAAACCAGCCAAGCCUCAACCGAAACUUAAAACCAAGGGUGGCAUGGUGGGUGUCAAUUUGCCACCGCCUCCCAUAAAACACAACAUGGACAUUGGCACUUGGGACAACAAGGGCACCAUGCCUAAAGCUGCCACUCCACAGCAGGUGCCCUCUGUUCCCACUAAUGGACAGCCACCCAGUCAGGCUUCCCCGCAGCCCGGGGCUACGGCUGCAGGGAACCCCCAAAUGCCCCUCAGCAAUGGACAGAUGGUUCCGCCCGUUUCCCAGAUGGGGCAGCAUCAGCUUCCACCUACUGUUCAGCCGGGGGUGGCUCCAAUGCACCAGCCUCCAUUGUCCCAGGGUCCUCCUCCUCCACCACCAAGCCAACAGCAGCAGCCUUCUCAGCCCAAUCGCUGGGUACCUCCGCGGAACAGGACCAAUGGAUUUGGGGACGCCGGUGGGAGUGGGACGGGUCACUCUCCGCCCUCUUCUGGUGUUGGUGUGGUUCCUGGGGUUCCCUCCGAGCCACACCCUGUUCUAGAGAAGUUGCGUAUGGUGAAUAAUUAUAACCCCAAGGACUUUGACUGGAACCUCAAACAUGGCCGUGUUUUUAUUAUUAAGAGCUACUCUGAGGAUGACAUCCAUCGCUCCAUCAAGUACAACAUUUGGUGCAGCACUGAGCACGGCAACAAAAGGUUGGAUGGAGCCUACCGUUCACUGGGUGGUAAAGGGCCGCUUUAUCUUCUGUUUAGCGUGAACGGAAGCGGUCACUUCUGUGGUGUCGCAGAGAUGCGUUCACCUGUGGACUACAACACGUCUGCUGGCGUGUGGUCACAGGACAAAUGGAAGGGCCGAUUUGACGUGCGCUGGAUCUUUGUUAAGGACGUUCCAAACAGUCAGCUGAGGCACAUUCGGCUGGAAAACAAUGAGAACAAGCCAGUGACCAACUCUCGGGACACACAGGAGGUCCCGCUGGACAAGGCCAGGCAGGUGUUAAAGAUCAUCGCUGGAUAUAAACACACCACUUCAAUCUUCGAUGACUUUACUCACUACGAGAAGCGCCAGGAGGAGGAAGAAUGUGUGAAAAAGGUGGAGGUCCAAGGCAGUGAGCCAUUUCCCAGCAACCCAAGUAACAGAAGUCAUUACCGGCUUCAGGAGCGCCAAGGACGAGCCAAGUAACAGCUGGGGCUUUGGUCAAAGGACUGCUGUGGCCACCGUUCGAACCCCUUUCCACCCCGUUACAUCCAGAUCUAAGAAAUAUGACACGGGGUGAAGACUUAAAGAAAAAGACGGGAAAAAAAACCUAAAUGAAGACUUUGAUUUCUUUUGACUUUAAAGACUUACUUCGAACUUGUAGUAAAAAAAAAAAAGGAAACGAUUAUUCAUAGGACAACUAAAUGCAUAGCAUCUUUAGGUGAAGUCUUUUGUUUUGUUUUGCCCACCCCAUUCCACUACAUGUGUCCCUCCCCCCUUUGUAUGCUGCUUUUUUUUUGUCUUUCAAGCAAUUUUUUAAUGAAAAACAUCUUUUUUUCUUUUUUGCUCCAAGAACAAGUCUGUAAUUUUCUCACAAACACACAAAUCCAAUAGAAAUGUGUGGUGUUGUAAUUGUCUCAAAGUGAAGAAUGGGCAGUUUUUUUAUUUUAAUUUUAUUUUUUUGGAAACCCUUCCCAUCGUCAGUCUUCAGAAGAUUCGCAAGUCUUCUAUUGGGUCACUGGAUGAUCAUCAACUUAGGCGGUUUGCCAACUGUCUUUUCUGCUUUGUUUUGUUUUUAUUUCUUGUUUGUUUCGAGGGAUGCAAGUUGCUGGAGAAAAGGGUCCUCAGUUUUGUUUUUCCUCUUGUGCUGGUUGGGAGUGUCGGGGAGGAGGGAGAGUCGGGAGGCUCUAGAGGAAACGGAAGCGAGGGUCAAGUGUUUGAGUUCAAAAUAAAUGUUAAUGAGUCUCGCUCAUUGUUUAAUUUCAUGGUCUAAAAGCUAUAGUCUUUCUAUUCAUUCUUGAACUUGGUUAACAUAUUUUUUUUUUGUCUUGAGCAAAUUGAUUCAUUGUUGCUAUGGGCUGCUUUCUUUUAUCCCCCCCCCCCCUCACUUUCUGAAGACUGAUGUGACUGGCCUUGCCUCCACUCCUUUCUAUUAAUCAGUUCAAAAGUAAUAAAUGUGGUAUAUUCAGCAGAACUGUGUGCAUUCCCCUUGUUUGACUGUGGAAAGUGGUUUUUGUCAUGCGGUGUGUCUGUGCAUUUGUUUUCUCGUUGAUUGCUUUUUGCCUCCUUCAGCCUGAAGCCGCACCGUCUACACUUUGACCAUUUUUAACACUUUGGUUCCCGUCGUCUUUCCACUGUUCUUCUUCUCCAUCCUUUCAACGUUUUAUUCCUGUCAUGACGCAUCACAAUUUUUGGUUUGGGAAUGUCAUUGUUGGUAAGAGGAAUAAAGACAUUGAAGGCCCUCUCUCAGAACUACUGGCUUUUAUGUGUGGCAUAAUAAAGAUGCUCCACAAAAAA